AUGCAAAUUCGAGAAAGUAUUAUUUGCGCAUAUAUCGCAGCAAUAAUCGUCGAUCACCAGUCGACGAACGUACGCCAUAGCGCCUUUCUCUUCGAGCUUUCGAAUAUAGCUGUUGGCUUUUUCAGUGAAUUCACGGCUGCCUUGGACCGAAUCCGCCGGGGUGAUGCUGAUAUGUGCGUCAUGGAAGAGGAGAGUGUUCACCAAGGGCUUGCACCAACGAAAAAACGCCUUGUUGACGAGGGCGAGGCUUACGAGGCUCCGUGGAUCGUACGUCGCGAGGUGUGUUGUCACCAGCUCCAUUUGGUCUCCGAUAUGGAACUUGCGAGUGAGAUUCAAGGUGUGAUGGUGGAGAUGGGUGUGAAGUCCACCUUUGGGCCCCCAUUCUACAACACAACGUUCUCGGACAAAAAAAUCCCAGUUCAGCGCGACACCCUCACCGGCCCUAAUGUCGAUGAUACUCGCGUUCCUUCCUUCGAUCCUCCUUUCCCGUUCGAGAAUCCUUCCAGAGAGUCCCGGUUCCGGUGCUAUGUGUCAGCCAUGUUGCCGCAGUUGCUGAUUCCUGGAACCCCCUGGGCCUCGGGAAACGAUCUGAUUGCUCUGGGAGCGCAGUACCCUAGUGUCAGGGACUCGUUUCUAGCUUGUGCGACCUUGCUCCUAUCCAACAGCGGUCCGCCUGUUCCUCCGGACGCUGUCGCAUACUAUUCAGAUGCCGUUCGUGCCACCAGACGCAUGAUUCAAGAGUCCCGGGUCAAGGGCACAGAAGAUUGGCUGCUCCUGCAAGCCUUAUUACUGUGUAUCUUCGAGCGUGCUCAAUCCGGCCCAUCCUGUGGAGCCAUGGCUCACUUGCUCGGUGCGUCGCACAUUAUGGCGCUGAUAGUGAGAAACCUCCCAUCCCCGUCGACCGGGGCCAGUCCCUUCCAGCAGAUGUGUGCUUCCUCAUUGCUCUACCAUGCCGCGACAACUGCAUUUCUGAAUCCAGACAUCUCGUGGCUACCGGAGAGUGCGACGUGGAAACAGUUCGAACAGUUCCUUGAACCUAGUUAUAACACCCUCUUUGCCAUACCGCCAACCUUGUGCCGACUCAUUCUUGAGACAUCUCGCCUUGCUCGUCGCACGCCUCUAAGUGAUCGGGACAGCCAGCUUGCCAAUGAUCUGCGCAAUCAGUUACGUCCAUACCUGCCCCUCCAACCCGCUUCGGAAGGCGUCUACAGCGAAGAAGGGCUCGAUGAGCGAGCGGAACAGAUUAAAAAAGCAGCCGAGCUGUACGCGCUAGCCGCUGACAUUCUGCUACUAAAGGCCAUGCAGCCUGACCUUACGGCCAAGGACAGCCGGGUCCAGAGUCAAGUCAAGCAGAUCAUGAAUGCCCUGCAAUCUGAUGUGCAGGGAAUUUUCUGGAACCAGCAUUACUCGUGGCCAUUUGCCAUCCUCGGCUGUGUCGUGCAGCGCGAGACGGAGAUGUUGUUCUUGCUGGGGCGACUGGAAAAGCUGUGGGAGAGAUCUCACUGGGGCGACAUUCAACGGACUACCAACCUCUUUCGAACGAUGCUGGAGUACCGACGACGGAAUGGCCAGCUUGCGUCACUACGGGAUGCGCGGUCUUCUAAUUGCCCUGACCUGUUUGAUUUCUUGCUUCAUGGCGAUUGGCUGCCGCAGUUCAUGGUUGAUGGAUGA